UUUCAGCUUCAAUCUGCAGGGUGCUGGCUACACCUCAGUUCCUUCAGUAUGGUGGCCAUCAACAGCAGUGAACCCAGUGCCACGUAUUUCAUCUUAAUAGGACUCCCAGGAUUAGAAGAGGCUCAGUUCUGGUUGGCUUUCCCACUGUGCUCCCUCUACCUUAUUGCUGUGCUAGGUAACUUGACAAUCAUCUACAUUGUGAGGACAGAGCACAGCCUGCAUGAGCCCAUGUAUAUCUUUCUCUGCAUGCUUUCUGGCCUAGACAUCCUCAUUUCCACCUCAUCUAUGCCAAAAAUGAUGGCCAUUUUCUGGUUCAAUUCCACUACCAUCCAAUUUGAUGCUUGUCUGGUACAGAUGUUUGCCAUCCAUUCCUUAUCUGGCAUGGAGUCCACGGUGCUGCUGGCCAUGGCCUUUGAUCGCUAUGUGGCCAUCUGCCACCCUCUACGCCAUGCCACUGUGCUUACAUUGCCUCGUGUUGCCAAGAUUGGCAUGGCUGCCGUGGUCAGGGGUGCUGCAUUAAUGGCACCCUUACCUGUCUUCAUCAAAAGAUUGCCUUUCUGCCGUUCCAAUAUCCUCUCUCAUUCCUACUGCCUACACCAAGAUGUCAUGAAGUUGGCCUGCGCUGACAUCCGUGUCAAUGUCAUCUAUGGCCUCAUUGUUAUUAUCUCUGCCAUUGGCUUGGACUCGCUUCUCAUCUCCUUCUCGUAUUUGCUCAUCCUAAAGACUGUGCUGGGCCUGACACGUGAAGCCCAGGCCAAAGCGUUCGGCACUUGUGUCUCUCAUGUGUGCGCUGUUUUCAUAUUCUAUGUGCCUUUCAUUGGAUUGUCAAUGGUGCAUCGUUUUAGCAAAAGGCGUGACUCCCUCCUUCCUGUCAUUAUGGCUAACAUCUAUCUGCUCAUUCCUCCUGUGCUCAACCCCAUCGUCUAUGGAGUGAAGACAAAGGAGAUCCGACAGCGCAUUCUGCGUCUUUUUCUCACAACUACACACUCUUCAGAUCACUAGGAAUCCGUGAUGAAACCCACUCCAUUCAAAGUUCUCUAAUCCAUGCUUUAAUACCAGCAUCUUGGAAGACAGUAUUAAGAAAACAAAUCCUUAAUCAAAGCACAACUCAGAUCAUUCAGAGAUGAAACUGGCUGUGGAAUUUCCCUGGGAAUGGAAUAAAACCUGCAGUCUCCAUACUCCAACAUCAGAUUUCAUUUUGGUUUUUCUCGAUAUGAUUAUUGAGACCAAGACUUAUGAUUUGAAGGUUGUUGCCUCCCAUUUUAUCACCACUUCCAAACCUCAGUUCAUUUUACUGAUGACGGUUCAUAGAAUUUGGAGAUAGAGCAACACAUCUAAAAUGUGCACCACAGGCAUGGCAGAAGGAAAAUAAACACAAGACUAUAAUAAAAUUAUAUAAGCUAGAGUAAACCUCUGAUUUCCUCAUCAGAAUUCACAACGACUUUGGAUUUCUAAGAAGUUAUAACUGGAUUUCUUCUUUAAAACAAUUUCCAAAGAAAUUAUUGUUUUUCUUCUGUAUCCCAGGCCAGAAGGAAAUCUACAUUUGCCUACAAUAUGAAAUGAUACACUUCGUUAUGACAAUUGUCACAGCCAAGAAGACAUUCUUUUUUUUGCCUAUUUAAGUUCAUCAACUUUGUAUUUGUACCCUGAUUGCACCAAUGGGGAGACUGAUACUUUCUGGGAACCAGUGGGUUACACAGAAUCGUGGAAGCUCAAAAUAGAAGAAAAUAAUGAAGUUUUAAUGUCCAAUUCUAUGUCAUGUCAAAGAAUUGUUAGACAGACUUGCGGAAUGUGGAGUUGGGAAUCUCCAGAGCCUCCACUGGCCUACAUUUGGCCCUUUAUUUUCACUUGCCUAGUGCUGCUCUGAGGAACUUCCUAUCAAUAGAGCCCGAGGCUCUAUCAUCCCAGUAGAGCAAAUCAUCCCAGUAGAGUUGCUCUGCUUCCUCGCCCAAUACCACUGUGCCUGUAUAAAGGAGUGUUCCCAGAUGGGUUUAUCUGAGAAACAGUGUGAUUAGCUACAGAUUUCCUGGGUGUCUUCUUGUGUGUGUGUGUGUGGUUUCAAGACAGGGUUUCUUUGUAGCUUUG